UAAUGCACCAAUUCGAAGAAGAAGCGAGAAGUACUGCAGAAGAAGAAUAGGGACGCUUGCGUUUUGAGUUUAUUUAGCAGAAGGGGGACAGUUCAACAAAGUCAACAAUAUACAGACUGAUUAAAAAUGGCCGGAACGGCUUCAGUAGCUGGGGAAGUGUUUGUAGAUGCUCUGCCAUAUUUCGACCAAGGUUACGAUGCAGCAGGUGUGAGAGAAGCGGCAGGAGCAUUGGUUGAAGAGGAGACCAGAAGGUACCGACCUACAAAAAACUACCUGAGUUACCUGCCUACUCCUGAUUUCUCUGCUUUUGAGACAGAAAUAAUGAGGAAUGAAUUUGAGCGGUUGGCGGCUCGGCAGCCCAUGGAACUCCUGAGCAUGAAGAGGUAUGAGUUGCCGGCACCCUCAUCAGGACAGAAGAAUGACAUCACGGCGUGGCAGGAGUGUGUGAACAACUCAAUGGCUCAGCUGGAGCACCAGGCGGUCCGUAUUGAAAACCUGGAGCUCAUGUCGCAGUAUGGAACCAAUGCAUGGAAGGCCUACAAUGACAACUCUGCUUUCAUGAUUGAGAUGGCACAAAAGGAACUUCACAAAUUCAGGAAGCAAAUUCAGGAUUUGAACUGGCAGCGUAAGAAUGAUCAGUUGGCAGCAGGAGCCAAACUCCGAGAGCUGGAGUCUAACUGGGUGUCACUGGUCAGUAAGAACUAUGAGAUCGAGCGGGCAAUCGUUCAACUGGAAAACGAAGUCACUCAGCUCCGACAACAGCAGGGGGAUGAGAACAAGGAGAACAUCCGACAGGAUUUUUAAGACAGCGACCUCGUGCUAAUCGUCAAGCUAAUCAUACCACUUUGGUUUAGGAGACUAACGGGACUAAGAAGCAGCCUUAGGAGGGAAAGUUACCUUUUUGAAGGUAAUUUUAUUGUCACAUAAAAAAGGACCCGCCCAUGAACCUCAGUUAACAGUACACAUUUCCCCACUUUACAGCUCUUGUUCAACUGUAAAAACAAGACACAAUAAAUCAUCUUUCUUUGCAAAGUUGAACCUAAUAAAAGACAGUUUUUUUGCCUCACUCAGUCUGGUAGGAUCUCAGCAAAAUUCAGACAGAUUACAUAUUGCAUGUGACAUUAGUCUGCUGACAGGAAGUGCUAAUGAUAUUAUAGCAUUUGAUAUUUUGUCACAUGUGCUCAUUCAAGAAGUUGUGUGGUUGUGCUUUAAAAUGUCAUUUACAUCGACCUCAUUCUUUGAGAUCUCUUCCAACACAAGUGUGUUUGAAAAAAGUGUACAUAGUUUGUCAAGUCUGCUGAAGCCAAACUCCUCUUUAUGAGCACCAGCAUGACUUCAAUUAAUGUAAUUUUUUAAAGCUGUUUUAAUAAAAUGAACUUUUCUUAUAUUGUAGUGUGAUUAACUCAUUAAUCUCUCCUGUAUGGUCUCCCCUGAUAG